AUGGCAUCGAAACAACCCCCACCCGUCGUUGUUGAGCCCACAGACGAAAAACCAGCCAUUAUAGCGCACAUUGACGACAAGUCCGAGAUCGGGGCUGAGAAACAUGCGUCUACCGCUGCGGACUAUACGGGUGCGGAGCGCAAGAGUGAUCCCGAGGAGAUUGCAUUGGUGAGGAAGAUUGAUUGGAGACUUAUGCCGACGCUCAUGGUCAUGUACUUCCUCAACUACGUCGAUCGCAACGCCAUCGCCCAGGCCCGACUGAAUAAUCUGGAAGACGAUCUGGGCAUGACGGGAGUACAGUUUAAUACUUGUGUUAGCAUUCUCUUCGUCGGCUACGUCCUCAUGCAAAUUCCCUCCAACAUGCUCAUCACGCGCAUCAAACCCGGCAUCUACAUGAGCAGCUGGAUGUUCGUCUGGGCCAUUGUAUCCGCGUGUACGGCGCUCGUGCAGAAUUUCGGGGGUUUAGUUGCGUGUCGGUUUUUCCUGGGGAUUACUGAGGCGCCGUUCUACCCGGGAGCCACGUACAUGCUUUCGAUUUUCUACACGAGGCGGGAAGUAGCAACACGCAUUGCAUUGUUGUACUGCGCACAGAUUCUCGCGACGGGACUGAGCGGGUUGAUUGCUGCGGGUGUGUUCCAGAUGGAUGGGAUGAGGGGGAUUGCGGGGUGGAGGUGGUUGUUCAUUAUUGAGGGCGCGGUAACAGCUUUCGUAGCCAUCUUCGGCUUCUUCAUGUUGCCCAGCACGCCACUGACAACCCGCUGGCUGUCGCCUCGCGAGCGCGAACUCGCACAUGCACGUAUGGAACGUGACCGCAUUGGCGAUUCCGUGGAGGAUGUGAGCAUGAUGGAUGGGCUCAAGCAGGCGUGUAGGGAUCCGCGGACGUGGCUUUUCUGCUUGAUGCAGAAUUUCCAUCUCAGUGCUUGCUCGUUUAAUUCGUUCUUCCCGACUGUCGUCAAAACCCUCGGCUUCAGCACCACAAUCACCCUCGUCCUCACUUGCCCACCUUUCCUCUUUGCUGGCGCAGCCGGCAUCGCCACGGGCUGGAGCUCCGGCCGCAUGCACGAACGCACUUGGCAUAUUACCUGCGGCCUGCUCGUCGCAGUCGUAGGUUUCGUCAUUGCGGCCAGCACGCUCAACACAGCAGGGCGGUACAUUGCAUGCUUCAUCUUUCCCGUCGGCGCCUACUCUGUCAAUUCCGUCAUCAUUGGAUGGGCUUCUUCGACGCUCAGUCAGACAAAGGAGAAGAAGGCUGUUGUGCUCGCCAUGACAAACGUCGGAGGCCAAAUCGGCUACAUCUACGGUGCCUAUCUCUGGCCCGAUACGGAUAAGCCGCGGUAUGGCAUUGGAUUCGGUGCAUCGGCGGGCUUUGCGCUACUGUCUAUUUGCUGUGCGUGGAUCAUCCGCGCUAUGCUUAUCAAGGAGAAUAAGAGAUUGAGGCAGUCGACGAAUGAGCGGAUUAUGCUGUACGGGUACUGA